AUGAAAGAGUCUGCCGAAACCGCCGCUAACGUAAUCACGGCUGCAAUUAAUCAGCCCGCCGGCGCCGUUUGCAACCGUUCUCUUCCAGAUAUUUCAGUGGUUUUUGUUGCGUCCCAAAGCUCUUGUCAUUUUGAAGAAGAGGAUUUAGGUAAUUCCAAUAAACUAGAAAAGUUUAAGAUAUUGUAUCGGUCCUUAGAAACUACAAAAAAAGAUUUAAAUGUAGUUUUAGAGGAAAUCGCGGAAUAUAGUUUGGAAGUUAAUGAAGAUUAUAAGCCAGAUUUUAAGGUUUUGAGUACUAUAGAUGAACUUUGUUGUCACAUUAGUAGGGCCGCGGAACGUUAUGUAAAAGUAAAGGCAGCGGCAAGGGAAGGCGCGCCGGCAACGGGGCCCUCAGUGACGGCGGCGGUACCCAAAUUACCGAAAAUUGAAUUACCUCUGUUUUCUGGGGAAAUCAGGGAAUGGGAAAUCUUUUAUUCAAUAUUUGAAAGUUUGAUUCAUGGAAAUAAGGAUCUAUCGGACGCCGAUAAGGUGCAUUAUUUGGUCGGGAGGCUUAAGGGUCCAGCUUUGGCGGUUUGCUCCGGAUUAGCUCCCACGGGGGAGAACUAUGAAAUCAUUUGGAAAGCGCUUCUCGAUAAAUACCAUAAUAAAAGAGUUCUCGCUAAUAGUUAUUUGGAACAGAUUAUAGACUUUAAGCAGCUUCUAUACGAGGCUUCAAAGGGCUUAAAUAUAUUCUUAGAAAAAUUUGAUGCGGCAGUAAAGGCUCUUAAGAAUUUCAAAUUAGUUGAUUUAACGGAUUUCAUUUUAGGCUAUUUAGCCUUAUCAAAAUUAGACCCGGCCACAGUAAAAUUGUUUGAAAUUUCUAAGCGAAAUGCGGAGCUUCCUAGUUACGAGGAUAUCAUAACGUUUGUAAAAGACCAGUCAAAAAUAUUAAGUUUGAAUAAGAAGCUACCACUAAAAUCGGGAAAUCUGGGUGAAAGCGUAGGAAAAAUAUCAAAGUCUUUUUUGGUCAAUGAGGCUCCUAAGGAGGAGAAUGCGGCUACCACUUCUCAUACUGGAAACAGUUGUAUUUAUUGUCAUAAGGGGUGGCAUUAUUUAACUAGAUGCGACAAAUUUAAGCGGUUGACUCCGGCUAUGAGGUAUGAAGCGGUGAGAAAAAAUAAUUGGUGUUAUAAUUGUUCACAUCAUGGUGUACGGUUCUGCACAUCUGAUCGGUCGUGUAUCGAAUGUCAAAAAAGGCAUCACAUUCUGCUACACAUGGGUAGGCCAAAUAGGGAAAGGCUAAACGAGGCGACAGGGUCUUCGAGGGGAAGUGCAGAUUUGGAUGUGCAGAGGCCAUCGGUUUUAGCGGAGAGUUCAGGAUUGGUGACUAACCUGUGCUCGACGGAGGAGGCAACAGCCAAUCCGAUGCCUACUAAGCAUACGGUUUUGUUAUCAACCGCGGUGGUCGAUAUUCUAAAUUGUCAGGUUGGAGGUCAAACAGCUAGAUUUAUUUUGGAUAGCGGAAGUCAAGCGAACCUGUUAACGACUAGGUGUUGCAAAAAUUUGGGUAUUAAAAUUUCGAAAUGUUAUUCCUCGGUGCAGGGAUUAGGUAAGGUGUCGGAACCGGUGUUAAUAGUCGAAAAAAUUACGGAUAAACUUCCUAGGCUUCAAGUUGAUACCGACGGCUGUUCUCAUUUGAGAGAUAUUCCGUUGGCUGAUGAUUUAUUUUACCAAUCUCGAGAAGUGGAUGGGAUUCUAGGGGCGGAAACAUUUUCUUGUUUAAUUGGUUCUGGUAGAGUAUUGGGUACAGCCGGAAAACCAAUUGCUCUUCAAACUACUUUGGGGUAUGUUGUAAUGGGAAAGGUGCCGGUAGCUCCAGUACAAACGGAUAUCCAGGCUUGUUUUACUGUAUCCAAUGAGUCCUCACUGGAACAGUUAAUGAAAAAAUUUUGGGAAGUCGAAGAAGUUCCACAAAAGGCAAUUCCUAAACCGGAGGAAGUUGAGUGUGAUAAACUUUAUAGGUGCACAAAGGCUAGAGAUGAAGAGGGUAGGUUUAAAGUCGCUUUACCAUUUAAAACUUCCCCAAACAAUUUAGGAGAUUCUAAAAGCAUGGCUCAGUGUCGUUUAUUAUCAUUGGAGAGAAGAUUAUCUAAGGUUCCGGAACUUCGAUUGGAAUACAAUAGGGUGAUGCAGGAUUAUAUCGAUCAAGGUCAUAUGCGAUUGGUUCAGGAGAUUAACGAGGGUCAGUCAUCCUAUUUUAUUCCUCACCACGCGGUAUUUAAACCCGAAAGUAUUAGUACUCCGGUAAGGGUUGUGUUUGAUGCUAGCGCUCCCUCAGAUAGCGGCGUUUCUUUAAAUGAUCUGUUGUACAGCGGGCCAAAGCUACAGGCAGAUAUAUUUACAAUGUUAAUUAAUUUUAGACUUUUUGGUAUAGCUAUAACGGCGGACAUUCGUCAAAUGUACCGCCAAAUAAAAUUAAUUGAGGACCAUUGGAAAUUUCAGCGGUUAUUAUGGCGUUUCGAACCUCAAAGCGAAGUAAACGUUUAUGAGCUUACAACGGUAGCGUUUGGGGUGAAAUCUUCUCCUUAUUUAGCGUUGAGAACUGUUAAACAAUUGAUUCUGGAAGAAGGCUUCAAAUAUCCGUUAGCUGCUAGAAUAAUAAAUAGGGAUUUAUAUAUGGAUGAUUUGGUAACAAGUGUCAGUGAAUUUGAGGAAGCCUAUAGUCUUCAUGUAGAAUCUAUUAAAUUGUGUGCGGCGGGAAGAUUUGAAUUAACUAAAUGGUCUACAAAUUGUACUGACUUGUUAGAAAAAAUUCCUAUUGAUAAGCGGUUAUCAAAUUCUGUAAGUUUUAAGGCGGAUACUAAAAUUUUGGGAAUGCAGUGGAAUCCAGAUUCAGAUUCUUUGAGUUUUUAUAUAACACUUCCCGAGUUGAAGUGUACCAAGCGGCUAAUCUUGUCAACAGUGGCGAGAUGUUACGAUCCGAUAGGUCUCAUUGCUCCCUUUAUUCUCUAUUUGAAAUUAUUAGUAAAAGAGUUGUGGCGGUUGAAUUUAACUUGGGACGAGGAACCUCCUGAAAAUAUUAUGCAGGAAUGGAUUAAACUACAUAACGAGUGGAGUAUCCUGGAAAAAUUUAAAGUGUUACGACAUGUAGGUGCGAUAAAAAAUACACCGGUCAUGUUGGUAGCAUUUGCGGAUGCAAGUUUUGACGGGUACGGCGCGGUUAUAUAUUUGAGAACGAUAACAGCGCAGGGAAAUAUUCAGGUUAGAUUAGUGUGUGCAAAAUCUAAGGUAUCUCCUUUCAAAAAAAUCACAAUACCAAGAUUGGAACUUUGCGCGGCAACAUUGUUAUCCAAAUUGCUUAAGCACGUGAUCGAAGUUUACGGAGAGAGAAUCGUAAUUUCAAAAACUUAUGCAUUUUCAGAUUCGACUACGGUGCUUCAAUGGUUGAAGUCAACCUACAUUACGGAUAUUUUUGUGGCUAAUCGGAUAGAACAGAUUAGGGAAAAUCUGCCUUCUAGUGUUUGGCGCCAUGUGAGUGGUACGGAAAAUCCUGCAGAUUGUCUUUCUAGAGGGUUGUCCCCUUUGCAAUUAAUGGAACACCGUUUGUGGCUGUCGGGCCCAGCGUGGUUACAAAUCAAUGAAUCACUUUGGCCAGUGACUUCUAUUGAUUUGGGGGAGGAAGGUCUAGAAGGCGAUCAACAUAUACACACCAGUUUAGUCAAUGUUCGGGAAAAGGAAGAACAUCCCUUAUAUGAGUUGGUUUUGCGUCGUUCGUCUUGGUCAUUUAUUUUAAGGACUACGCGGAGUCUAUAUUAA